AUGGGUUUGUACAAUGUGAUCAGUAUUUUACUGUUAAUGUUGCUGCAAAUAACCAAUGCAGCAUCAAAUGCUGAGGAAUACCAGACAUACAUAAUUCAUAUGGACCAUUCUCACAAGCCUGCAUAUUUCUUGACGCACGAGGCAUGGCACAGGUCCACCUUAAAAUCAUUGUCGUCAACAUCUCCUGCAGAUCGUGACGACAGUGAAAUGUUGCUCUACUCAUACAGCCAUGUCAUGCAUGGAUUCAGUGCCAGGCUCACACCCUCUCAGCUGUCUAAAUUGGAGAGUUCUUCAGCUCAUGUUGCCACGUAUCCGGAAUCUUUUGGCAAGAUGUUCACAACACACAGCCCCAAGUUUCUUGGACUCAGACAAAAUCUUGGCUUAUGGCCUGCUGCCUCAUAUGGCCAAGAUGUGAUCAUAGGGAUCAUUGAUUCAGGAAUUUGGCCAGAGAGUGAAAGUUUUGGUGACAAGGGAAUGUCAGAAGUGCCAGAAAGAUGGAAAGGCGCGUGUGAAAACGGAACAGCAUUCACCCCAUCUCUCUGCAACAAGAAACUCAUUGGCGCUCGAUCUUUUAGCAAAGGGCUUGAAGCUGCAGGAAUAAGCAUCUCCAAAGAAUAUGACUAUGACUCGCCAAGAGACUUCCUUGGUCAUGGAACCCACACAUCAUCAACAGCUGCAGGCAAUCAUGUACUCAGUGCAAGUCAUUUUGGAUAUGCAAAAGGCACAGCACGAGGGGUGGCACCACGCGCACAUGUUGCCAUGUACAAGGUCUUGUGGGCAUCAGAUUCAGAAAAGAGUGCAGCUAGUGAUGUGCUUGCUGGGAUGGACCAGGCAAUUUCUGAUGGGGUUGAUAUCAUGUCACUGUCUCUUGGCUUUGACUUCCUUCCUUACUACAAUGAUAUCAUCGCCAUUGGUGCUCUUUCAGCAAUUGAGAAGGGGAUUGUUGUUGUCUGCGCAGCUGGGAAUGAUGGUUGGGCUGAAAAUUCAACAUACAAUGGAGCACCCUGGAUCACAACAGUAGGAGCUGGCACGCUUGAUCGUAGUUUCACUGCAACAUUGACUCUAGACAACGGCUUGACAGUGGAAGGAGAAUCAUACUUCCCAGAAAGCGUUUACAUUUCUGAUAAACCAUUGUACUACGGGAAAGACAAUGCAAGCAAAGCAAUAUGCUACUAUGGGGCAUUGGAUCCUAAAGAAGUUGCUGGAAAGGUAGUCCUCUGUGAUAACACCAUGAAGACAGAUGUUGAUGGACAAAUGGAAGAGGUUCGGAGUGCAGGUGCUUAUGCUGGAAUCUUCAUGACAGAUAUGUCACUUUUAGACCCACAAGACUAUGUCUUUCCAGCUCUAAUUGUGCCAGUUUCUACUGGGGCUUUGAUUAGAGAGUAUGCAACCCAGGCCAAUACAACAAAAGUUAAGACCUUGACCUUUGUGCACACCAAUUUGGGGAUAAAACCAGCACCACAAGUAGCAUUCUUCUCUUCAAGAGGACCAGACCCGAUCACUCCAGGCAUUCUUAAACCAGACAUUCUUGCUCCUGGGGUUGACGUGCUGGCUGCAGUUGCACCUAACAGGUUGUUCAUAGAAGUAAACAACUAUAAUCUGGCGUCAGAUUAUCAACUGAUGUCAGGGACAUCAAUGGCAGCACCCCAUGUUGCUGGAGUGGCUGCUCUUCUAAAGGCUGUUCACCGCGAAUGGAGCCCAGCAGCCAUUCGAUCAGCGAUCAUGACCACAGCAUACUCCCUCGACAAUACUAAGACCACCAUAAAAGACCAAUGGGGUGGUCUUCCAGCCACACCUUUGGAAUUUGGUGCAGGCCACAUCAACCCAAACAAAGCCAUGAACCCUGGACUCGUCUAUGACAUGGAUGUGCAAGAUUACAUUGAGUUUCUAUGUGGUCUUGGAUACACUGCUAAGCAAAUGAGUGCUGUUAUCAGGCGAAGUCAAUGGAGCUGCCGCCAACAGCCUACUGAACUGAACUACCCUUCUUUUAUGGCCAUCUUUAAUGGCACAGACGGUUCUCCGAAAGCCAAAAAUUUUAGCAGGGUUGUGACAAACGUGGGAGACGGCACAUCGAUUUACAAAGCAUUUUUGGAAGUUCCUAGUGGAAUGAAGAUUGCAGUAGAGCCUAGUAGUCUAACAUUCACUGGGAAAAAUCAGGAGCAAGGUUUUGUUUUGAGGGUUGAAAUCGAUAACAAUGCUCCUAAGGUGACCUAUGGUUAUCUCAAAUGGAUUGAUCAACAGAACCACAUAGUGUCAAGCCCUGUAGCGGUCAUUAAUUACUAG